AGAAGAAGAAGGAGGAGGAGUAAGAAGAGGAGCAGUCAGCUGAUGUAGAGGGAGGAGGUAAACUGAGCUUUAGGUUCUUCUGGGCAGACAUGGCUGCCCUCCCUCUGCUGAAGAAGAUGCUGGAGGACUUCCUGCCCCUGAUGCUGCUGAUCCAGCUCUCUGAGUGCGGCGUGUCUCUAAAUGCACCGGAUGCUGUUACACUGGAGGAAAGCUCUUCUGCGGUCGUCAUGGUUACCACCAGUUCGGCCGUCAGUCGCUCCACGCUGAUCCACCUGAACGUGACCUACAGCUCCAAGGAGAACUAUUCAUCCAUCGUCGCUCUGCCUGAACAGGUGUUGCUUCCAGAGAAGACCACCUCAGUCAACUUUACGGUGAUUGGUCGCCAUGCUGGUCAGGUGACCACCUUCCUGUCCACCAACAACACAGAGCUGAACAGCCCGUCCACCAGGAUCCGGUUCAUAGUGAUCCACAGCCGGGUUCUGUCCGUGGUCGCCCAGGUGAUCGGGUGGGUUUACUUCGUGGCGUGGUCCGUGUCCUUCUACCCGCAGGCCUUGGAGAACUGGAGGAGAAAAAGUGUCGUAGGUCUGAACUUUGACUUCCUGGCUCUCAACCUAACGGGCUUCUUCGCCUACAGCGUGUUCAACGUCGGCCUCUUCUGGAUUCCUUACAUCAAGGAGGAGUUCCUUCAGAAAAACCCCAACGGGAUCAACCCGGUCAGCGCCAACGACGUCUUCUUCAGCCUGCACGCCCUCCUCCUCUGUGCGAUCUACGUCAGCCAGGCCGCUGUGUACGAGGUACGCCACCAGAGGGAGGCGUUGAUCCGGCAGAGGGAGAACAUGUCCUUACGGAGCUCUGUUCCCUUCUUUCAGAGGGGGGGUCAGACAGUGUCGUGGACGGCCAGGUGUCUGCUGCUGAUUGGUUGGACCUUUGCUCUGAUCAGCCUUUUUGUGGCCGUCGCCCAGAAGAUCACCUGGUUGCAGUACCUGUACUACUUCUCCUACAUUAAGCUCGCCGUCACCCUCAUCAAAUACGUGCCGCAGGCGUACAUGAACUACCGGAGGAAAAGCACGGAGGGCUGGAGCAUCGGGAACGUCCUGCUGGACUUCACCGGUGGCGUCUUCAGCAUUCUGCAGAUGAUCGCUCAGUCCUACAACAACGAUGAGUGGCAGCUGGUGUUCGGUGACCCCACCAAGUUUGGUCUGGGCCUUUUCUCCGUGGCGUUCGACGUCGUCUUCAUGACUCAGCACUACUGUCUGUACCGACAGCCGCCACGGUACGAGGCCAUUCCGGAGCAGCGGGACGACUGAUCCACAAACGCUGCUCUACGGGAGCCUUUUCAGGCCAAAAAGGGAUUCAAUCUGCUGAGCGACGCCUUGGUUGGUUCUGCUCCAGCAGAUGUUGAUCGGCUGCUCUGAGCUCCAUGGACUCCGUCUGUGACUCUGUGUCUGUUUUCUAUCAU